AUGCUCAAGCUCCAGGCAACGCCGCCCUCCCCAGACACCCCCCGUCCCACCACCCUUGCGGAGCUCAGCCGCAACGCCUCUGUCAUUUCCUCCUCCUCCUCCAACUCUUCCACUCCGGAUCUCACCGUCCACACCCCUUCGCGUCCGCGCCCACUCCGUAACUUCUCUGCUCCGAGGACCAACCUCCGCUCCAGGAGCCCCCAAAGCCCUACAACUCCUCGUGGCUCGCGCCCACCCGCGUAUCUCACCAGGGAGCUCACUAUCCCGGAUGAAGACCCUUCUCCUUUGAGGCCUCCCGCCUCUCGCCCCCAGUCCAAGUCGAGAAACAGCUCCGUCAAUGGCCGCAUGACUGUCUUUCUCUGCUCUCAACUGGCCACCGGCCAGGAGUACGCCAUAAAGAGGAUAGACAAAGCCCAUUUGAAGCGCAACCAGAAGGAGCAAACCGCUCUGGCGGAGAAGAACACGUUAGUUCGCCUUGGAUCUGGACACCCUGGGAUUGUGCGGCUACACUGGACGUUUCAGGACGAAUGGAGUCUCUUCUUCGUCCUAGACCUCGCGCGCAACGGCGAACUCCAGUCCCGUAUAGCCCGUCUCGGAUCCCUCUCCAUCAACUGUUCCCGUUAUUACGCAGCGCAGAUCGUCGACGCAUUGGGCUAUAUGCACUCUAAAGGGGUCAUUCAUCGGGACCUCAAACCCGAGAACAUCCUUCUUGACGACGCUCUUCGGAUAAAGAUUACCGACUUCGGCACGGGCAAGUUCACAGAUUCUGGAGGAGAGCCCACCAAGACUUUUGUUGGGACGGCACAGUACGUGUCACCCGAACUCUUGGAACACAAUGAGAGCAGCAAGAGUUCGGACUUUUGGGCUCUGGGGUGCAUUAUAUACCAGAUGAUCGCAGGUCGAUUCGUCUUUCGCGGCCUCGUCGAUUGGCAGAAGAUCAAGCAGCUUGAAUACUCUUUCCCGGAAGGUUUUGACGAGCAGGCUCAGGAUCUAGUUCAAAAGCUCUUGGUUCGCGAUCCCGAUCAGCGUCUAGGGGCUGGUCCUCCUGGCAGUCCAUACGACAUGCAAGCAUUACGCAGCCAUCCGUUCUUCGAGUCCAUCAACUGGAAGACUCUGUGGACCGACUCAGCACCCCUUAUCGAACCUGGUCUCAUCAAGAAGGAGGCUCCCAGUUCAUCGAACGUCAGCAUUCGAUUGGCUUGGGAUCAAAUCGACGCCGAGAACGCUAUCGACGACGAGGACGAGGACGAUGAAGAUGCACUUAGCUCCAAUGGGGAGGCCGGCGACUAUUUUCCUCCAAUGCCGCCGCAAACAAACGGUCAUGCUCAAAUCCCUCUUAUCGGUCCCUAUGGCGAAGUGCGGACCCUGUCUCCUCUACCACUAGCAAACGUGGAGGAGGAAACAGGAAGCUUCACCGACGGCGUUCGCUUCGUCUCACCCGCUCAGUCACAGCCUUCGGUGUCGGAAGAUGAGAAGCGAGACACAGUCGCAGAUAUGCUCGGCGUCCCAGGCAUCGAGCGAUCACAACCCAUCGACGUUCCUCGAGCAAACGGUCCCGGAUCCCAUUCGACAGGUUCGGUUUCCAGCUCUUCAGAGGGUAGCCCGGUUGAGAAGCUUGGCGCUGCGAUGGACGAAGCAGCUCGUGGGCGACCACGUGCGCAGACUCCCAUCCAAGGGAAAGGUUCCCUCGACCCCGAGCUGUACGUCAAAAGGACGUUACGGGGCUUUUCAAUUGUGCUGACCAGCUUCUUCGGCAGUAACUCUCUUAUGCAACCUGGAGAGCACAUCGUCUUCAACACAAUGGUCGAGCCGGGCGGACCGAAACGACGCGCGAGCCGUCUUCUUGCGAUGGCGGUUACGCCGAAGAAGCACCAGCACUCGAAGCCGCGCGAGCUGGUUCUCACUAACACCCGCGUUCUCUGCGUCAAGCAUAAACCCGGCCGGUCCGUGCAAGUCCGGGCGGAGUUGCUGGUGAAGUCUGCAUCAGGGAAAGAGAAAGAUCUGCGGUCGCUGAUCACGACUAUCGAGCCAAAGGGCGAGCGCGAGUUUGUCAUCAUCACGCCGAUUAAAUCACAUUGUUACAUCGCGGGCAGCGCCUCAAUGGCGUCGACUUGGAUCCGCAAACUCCAGGAGGCGAUCGAGGCGCACGUGCCGCCCUCUGCGCUGACAGCCAGCACACCGCGGACGUCUCCAGCGACCUCGGCGGCGGCAACUAUCGCAAACGGUUUCACGAGCGCGAUCCCGCGCGCGGGGCGACUGCGCAGCAUAUCUCGGACAUGA